GUUGGAUGAGCUGAAUGAAGUCGAGGGGAGGAAGUGGCGGUUAAUGCAGCUCCACACCUUUCCGGUGUAGCAGCACUGCGACCAGCUCGACUUAAAGGAGAAAGACGAGAGCUGGGUGUAUUUAUCCAGACAGGAGGGAGCGAUAGGAGGAAGAUAAGAAGUGGACUCGCAUGAGUGGAUAUAAGUGUCGCUGAGUCACCGAGGAUUUCUUUCAAAGACUCCAGCAGCGAGGGUGAAGUUACCCGGCGCGACGCUUUAUGGACUAGCCGCCGAAAGCUGCUUUUUCUCCUCCGGUAGCGGUGAAGAGAACAAGGGCGCACCCGAUGUGGAGGACCGGACGCCAGACGGAACUCACAAGUACCGCGGCCUGCGCACGGCCUUGCCGACCUGCGGUGUCUGCUCUCUGCACAUUUUAAUCGCCUCGGCCUGUCUUGGUCACACAGCCUUAGGUUGAUUUUUUUGUUUUGUUUUUGGCAACAAAAUGAACGUCCUGCAACAGCUGGUGCCAAGUUCUUAGUCGAACCAUGCCAUGUUGUGUGUAGGGCCUUCAAACCGUCUUAUGCUUUGAUCGUAACUUCACCGUAGGCACGAGUAAAAAGCCAUUUGGUACUAUUUGUUAGGGUUUUAACAUGAGUGUACUUUUUUGACUUUUCGAUUCUCCCUCAAAUGCUCUUCGCUGAGACAUGUUUCCAGAAGUAAGCCCAUUAAGCGGAAGCUAUAAAAAGUGAAUAAUCAUCAGCAAAGGUAUCAGACUUUUUUUUCUGGUUAGGAUCGAAGUAUUUAUGCACAAGAGUUCAAAAUGGGGAAAGUGCUGUCUAAAAUAUUCGGCAACAAGGAGAUGAGAAUAUUAAUGCUCGGACUUGACGCUGCGGGAAAGACGACAAUCCUUUACAAACUGAAACUCGGACAGUCCGUCACCACCAUCCCCACAGUGGGCUUCAACGUGGAGACUGUCACCUACAAAAAUGUCAAGUUCAACGUCUGGGAUGUCGGGGGGCAAGAUAAGAUUCGCCCCCUGUGGCGACACUACUACACGGGCACCCAGGGGUUAAUCUUCGUGGUGGAUUGCGCGGACAGGGAUCGCAUCGACGAGGCGAGGCAGGAACUCCACCGCAUCAUUAAUGACCGGGAGAUGCGCGAUGCCAUCAUCUUGAUAUUCGCCAAUAAGCAAGACCUUCCGGACGCCAUGAAGCCACACGAGAUCCAGGAGAAGCUCGGCCUGACCCGCAUCCGAGAUAGGAAUUGGUAUGUUCAGCCCUCCUGUGCGACCACAGGCGAUGGACUCUAUGAGGGCUUGACAUGGCUAACCUCGAAUUACAAAUCUUAAUGAUUGAGUGCUGACUGUUUUAGGUCAAAACUAUAAUACCGUUGCAAGUAACAAAUAACUUCUCGAAAUGAAUAUGGUUAAGAAGUUGAUUAUCUCCCAUUUAUUUUGAAUACUACGUUUACCCCACGACUAAUUUAUCUUUAACUUGGUUUGCUGGCUUAAAGUUUGCUUGUGCUCUGUAGCAGACCUGUAUCACAUUAAUUUCCUUGGGUUUAGCGUGAUGAAUAAUUGGCCCUAAUGUUAAAGCCAGCAAGAACACCGCCUUUGCCUCUUCUUUGCCCUGUUUGUAUGAUUUUUUUUUCUUCCUGAUGAAGCUUUUGUCUUGAUUCUUGGACAAAAACUUUAUUCAAGGUUCUUCAGUCUCUGUUGCAUUGAACUUGGAUCUUUUUAUUUUUCUUGAGGUGAGAUCUUUAAUGUCACAGUAUACUUGAAGGACUUUGACAUCUGUUUGAACGCAGUACUGUGAUGAAAAAUAUUUCUUAAUGAUAUUGAAUGCUGCAAGGGAAAAACAAAAAAUAAACACCAUUGCUUACAACUCAGUGUCAUCAGUCUUCACAUCAGAGAAACAAAAAACUACUCGAGACAUGUGAUACCCAUCUCAAUUCCCCUUGGUGGGUUAUAUAAUUUACCAAUUGACCUAUUCAGUGUCAUGUCUUGAUACUUAAUUGUGCUGAAUCAAAUAGGCCUCUGGUAACUUAAACAUGCUUGUUGGGAUGCAUUUUGAUUUUUGGGUAACACGUAAGUUGACUCAAUCUGUCCAAAGGAAUGUCAUUCAGCUCUGCGCGCCUCUUAACCUGAUACCACAGUUGAUUAGUGUCAGCAUUGGGACAUUAUAUGAUAGCCUAUAUCUGUAGCAUGAGUACGAAAGUACAGUAACCCUACAUCAGUCCAUCUGUCGUGCAGUCAGAGGGAGCUGGUCACUGUGGACAUGUUGAAGACACCCAGGGGUGCAGCUCUUACUCUUAUUUUGACUGGGGGGGAACCAUGUACAGAACAAUGUCAUUGUAAUGUCUUAUUAAAAAAGUGAUUUUAAAUCUG